CACAUUACACAACCCAAUGAUCAGCCAUGUCUCAUCAGAAUCUUACCUAAAAUGACAAGACUUGUACAAUUCCACCACAAAAUCGAUUCCCACGCGGCCACGCUUUGGACAUUCCCAAGAGAAAGAGGAGAAAAAGACAACGGUGCAUCUGGUAAAGCAUGGCUGUCGGCUUCGUACUCAGAAUCUGAGAUAUGAAGUCCCAUCACAUUUACUAUUACAGGUCUCUUUGCAAGCACCCAUCAUGGCUCUUCUGACAUCUUUUUCUUCUACUACUAGUAACUGUUUCUCUUUCAGCAUCGCUCUCUUCAAUGCCAAACUAACACUGUCAUGCUCACACGUUCCUAUUGUGACAAUGUGGUAGCCAAAGGCGACAACUUUUUGAUUUCUUGCAGCCUUUGCUUCUGUCACUAAGAUCCCCAGUUUGAAUUGAUCCGAUCCUUUUUGUCAUCAAUGCCAUUAUUCAUGAAUUGGGCAAAGCUAAAACCUUUUAACUCACUUUUGGCACUUUCGGUUAUCUAAAUCCCCAGUUUUUCACUUGUGGGUUUUGCUGGGUUUAUUAGUAUCUAUCCUGCUCUCUUUGUUCUCAUGGCUUUUUCUUCUUUUGUGUGUCUUUUCCUUGUUGGGUUUCUUGUUUUUGCGGGGAAGUUGCUUGCUGAAAUGCCUGACUCAGAUGAUGAGGUUCCACUAGAGAUGGAAAAGAAGGAGCUUUUGGGGAUUUUUGAGGUAAUGGGUGCCCUUCUUGAGGACUCUGAUUGGCCUCUAGAGCACCCACAACCAUGUACUGAGACUCAAUGGCCUGGUGUUCAAUGUGAGAUUGGGGACGAAGACCCUCCAAUGUUUCACGUCACAAAGAUACACAUUGGCCCUGAUAUUCUCACCCCUCCUUGCAAAUCAUCUGCUACUUUAUCAGAGUCCCUUCUCAAACUACCUUACUUGAAAACCCUCUCAAUAUUUAGUUGCUUUUCAACAUCACAAGUCACUCUUUCUCCAAAGCUCUUUGGUGCAUUGUCUUCCUUGGAACACCUAGCCCUUGUGUCCAAUCCAACUCUCUCAGGUGAAAUUCCCUCAAGUUUAGCCCAAAUUUCCAGCUUAAGGGUUCUGACUUUGUCACAGAACAAUUUACAAGGAAAAGUCCCUAGUAAGAUUGGUGCUUUGGUCAGCUUAGAGCAACUUGACUUGAGUUACAACAACUUGAGUGGUCAAAUACCAGAAGAAAUUGGAGGGUUGGAGAGUUUGACCAUUUUGGAUUUAAGUCAGAAUGUUCUUGAAGGUCAGCUGCCCUCCUCUUUUGGUCAGCUUCAACUCCUCCAAAAGAUUGAUUUAAGCUCAAACAGGCUUGGAGGUAUGUUGCCUCCAGAUAUAGGGAAGCUCAACAGGUUGGUUUUGCUUGAUCUGAGUCACAACUUAAUAAAUGGGCCAUUCCCUGAAACCCUUUCAGGUUUGCAGCAUUUGGAGUACAUGGUAGCUGAUAGCAACCCAAUCAAGACAGAAGUUCCUAACUUUGUUGGGAAGCUCAUGAAUCUCAAAACACUCAGCUUUUCAGAAUGUGGGUUGAUAGGUCCAUUACCCAACUUUCUCUCUUCCUUGAAGAAUCUCACUGCUCUUUCUCUAAGCAACAAUAGCCUCACUGGGACUGUUCGUCCAAAUUUGGGCACUCUUCCAAGUCUUGAUUUACUAAAUUUGAGCAACAAUCAGUUAAGUGGUGAGCUGACACUUCCAGAAGAUUUCAUCGAGAGGCUUGGGAAGAGGUUGGUGCUAAGAGGAAACAAUGGGCUAUGUACAAGCAAUCCACUCAACAAGAAGGAGAAUAUUUCUAGCCAUGUGAUAGCCCCUCUGUGUUUGAAUCCAAGAGGGCCCAGAGAUGACCAGACCUUGGCUGGUGAACACCCAACUGAGUCUGAGAGAGUGAAGCCAUUGGAUCAAGACCCUGUGCAGGAAAGUUCAUCUACAGGUUCUUCAUGGUCACAUGUAAAACUGAAUUCAUUUGGUUUUGUUUUUUGUUUCUUGAGUAUGUUAUUGUAAUCUACACUUUUAAUUUCCAAUCUGAGAGGCAAGUUGAGGAACUUAUUUUCAUUUGCUUC